AAAGACUGGUCUUGGUGUCCUCGGUGUCCUGGGCAGUUGCGGGGGCCCCUGGUGGGUGGACCAUCCCAAGGGGAGGCCUGGGUUGUGGGGUCAUCGGUCUGCUGUGGACCACGACUCCAUCACAGCGACCUCCCGGCGACCGGCCCAGAGCCUGGCCCCUGAAGACAAAGGAGAGGGGUGAGGAUGCUGAGCCCAUGUGCAUAGUGGAGCCCAGGUCUGUUCACUCCGGCCUCUCCUCUGCCCCUGUCGCCAGGGGAGGCCAAGCUCAAGGCUGGUCUGCUGGCCCCUGAGUAGGACUUCUCAGAGCCUUUAAUUUGCUAAGUACUCUGGGAACCUUUAAGGGGGAGGAGGAGGACGUCAGGUGCAGCAGUGCCUGGGACCUCAGACCGUGUGAUGCUGUGUGUGUGCAGCGUUUCAAAGCCCCCUGUUGGGCAGAAUGUGCCUCAGGAAUACAGAUCUGAGGACCCCAUGUGUCUGAUCAGCCUGGCCUGGAUGCAAACCAAGAUUAUGGCAUUGUGGUGAGAAGCCCUGGUGGCUGGAGCGGCAGGCACUGUGGAGCCCUUGGUGCUGCAGACCCUGGGGGCUGCUCCCCAGCCCAACCUGUCAGGCUUGGAGAGGCCCGAGGCCUAGGCCCACAGGGGAGGGUGUCGGCAGACAGAUGCCCCCUAGGCCGUGGGGUCUCCCGAGUGGGCGUGAGAAGGGUAGAGGAUGCCAGCCAAGGGGCGCUAUUUCCUCAACGAGGGUGAGGAGGGCCCAGACCAGGAUGCGCUGUAUGAGAGGUAUAGCCUCACCAGCCAGCGCGGGCCGCUGCUGCUCACAUUCCUGCUGGUGGCUAUCGCGGCCUGCACUGCCCUCAUCGUCAUCGAGUUCAUCAACUGGGACCCCUCCAAACUCAAGACUCUCCUGGGGACGGCGGUCGUGGUGCUUGUCGUGUUUGUUGCCCUCUACCUGCUGGUGUAUGUCGACUGCCUUGUGCGGCGGGGGCUCAGGGCCCUGGCGCUGCUCACCUGGGCCUGCCUCAUGACGCUGGGUUACGUGCUGCUGUACGACUCACGGAUGAAGGGGGCCUGCUCCUGGGAGCAGGUGCCCUUCUUCCUGUUUGUCAUCUUCGUGGUGUACACGCUGCUGCCCUUCAGCAUGUGGGGGGCCGUCGCAGUGGGGGUCGUCUCCACUGUCUCCCACCUCCUCGUGCUCGGCAUCCUCCUGGGGGCCCACAAGAUGCCUAGUGACCACAUAGUGCUGAAGCUGCUGGCCAAUGCCAUCAUCUUCUUGUGCGGGAACCUGACUGGCGCCUUCCACAAGCACCGGAUGCAGGAUGCCUCCAGAGACCUGUUCACCUACACUGUGAAGUGCAUCCAGGUCCGGAGCAAGCUGCGCAUCGAGAAGCGGCAGCAGGAGAACCUGCUGCUCUCGGUGCUGCCAGCCCACAUCUCCAUGGGCAUGAAGCUGGCCAUCAUUGAGCGCCUCAAGGAGCACAGGGACCGCCGCUACAUGCCCGACAACAACUUCCACAGCCUGUAUGUCAAGCGGCACCAGAACGUCAGCAUCCUCUACGCAGACAUUGUGGGCUUCACGCAGCUGGCCAGUGACUGCUCCCCCAAGGAGCUGGUGGUGAUGCUUAACGAGCUCUUUGGAAAGUUCGACCAGAUUGCCAAGGCCAACGAGUGCAUGCGGAUCAAGAUCCUGGGUGACUGCUAUUACUGCGUGUCGGGCCUGCCUGUGUCCCUGCCCACUCAUGCCCGGAACUGCGUGAAGAUGGGGCUGGACAUGUGUGAGGCCAUCAAGCAGGUGCGGGAGGCCACGGGUGUGGACAUCAACAUGCGCGUGGGCAUCCACUCCGGGAACGUGCUGUGCGGUGUCAUCGGGCUGCUCAAGUGGCAGUAUGACGUAUGGUCCCACGACGUGUCCCUGGCCAACAGGAUGGAGGCAUCUGGAGUCCCCGGCCGGGUGCACAUCACGGAGGCGACGCUGAACCACCUGGACAAGGCGUACGAAGUGGAGGAUGGGCACGGGCAGCAGAGGGACCCCUACCUGAAGGAGAUGAAUAUCCGCACCUACCUGGUCAUCGACCCCCGGAGCCAGCAGCCACCUCCGCCCUGCCAGCACCUCCCCAGGCCCAAGGGGGACGCAGCUCUGAAGAUGCGGGCGUCAGUGCGGAUGACCCGCUACCUGGAGUCCUGGGGUGCCGCGCGGCCCUUCGCGCACCUCAACCAUCGCGAGAGCGUGAGCGUCAGUGAGACCCCUGACCCCAACAGCCGGAGGCCCAGGGCCAUUCCUUUGCGGCGCCACCGGACCCCAGACAAAAGUGCGUCUCUCAAGGGGCGGUCGGAGGAUGACUCCUACAACGAUGAGAUGUGGUCGGCCAUCGAGGGGCUCACUUCCACAAGGUGUGGCCCCCCUCACUCCUGUGCUGCCGCCCCCAGGUUCUGCUGCUCCAGGUCAGAUGACUUCCACACCUGCACCUGGGUGUCCAUCUUCCAGGAGAAGGGCCUUGAGCGAGAGUACCGCCUGGCACCCAUCCCCCGGGCCCGCCACUACUUCGCCUGUGCCGGCCUCGUCUUCCUCUGCAUCCUGCUCAUCCAUGUCCUGCUGAUGCCCAGGAUGGCGGCUCUGGGUGUGUCCUUUGGGCUGGUGGCCUGUGUGCUGGGGCUAGUGCUGGGCCUGUCCUUUGCUGAUCAGUUCUUGAGGUGCUGCCCAGCCUGGGGGAUGCUCCGGGCCAUCUCUGAGAGGGUGGAGACACAGUCCCUGCUGAGGGUGUCCCUGGCCAUCGUGACCAUCAGCAGCCUGCUCACCAUUGCCAUCAUCAGCCUGCCGCUGCUCCCUGUCCCAGCACUGGGACCACCUGGUGGGAACGAGACGAGCCGGAACACUGUGAGCAGCCAGACCUCAUGUGAGCUGCUGCUGCAUUACACCAGCAGCUGCAUCCUGGGCUUCAUUGCUUGCUCCGUCUUCUUGUGGAUGAGCCUGGAGCUGAAGUUCGUGCUGCUGACCGUGGCCUUGGUGGCCUACCUGGUGCUCUUUAACAUCUCUCCGUGCUGGCAGUGGGCCUGCUGCAGCCACAGCCUGGGCAACCUCACGGAGAGCAACGGCACCCUCAGCUCCUCUUGUCCAUGGAGUGAUCUGAAGACAAUGAUUAAUUUCUACCUGGUUCUGUUCUAUGUCACCCUCGUCAUGCUCUCCAUGCAGACUGACUACUACUGCCGUCUGGACUGUUUGUGGAAGAAGAAGUUCAAGAAGGAGCAGGAGGAGUUUGAGACCAUGGAGAAUGUGAACCGCCUUCUUCUGGAGAACGUCCUGCCAGCCCAUGUGGCCGCCCACUUCAUUGGCGACAAGUUAAAUGAGGACUGGUACCACCAGUCGUAUGACUGCGUCUGUGUCAUGUUUGCGUCCGUGCCGGAUUUCAAAGUGUUCUAUACCGAGUGCGACAUCAACAAGGAAGGGCUGGAGUGCCUGCGCCUGCUGAACGAGAUCAUUGCGGACUUUGACGAGCUGCUGUUAAAGCCCAAGUUCAGUGGGGUGGAGAAGAUCAAGACCAUCGGCAGCACAUACAUGGCAGCAGCGGGGCUCAGCGUCACCUCAGGGCAUGAGAACCAGGUCAGGGCUCUGGGCUGCGACCUCACACACAGCCAGCCCGGGCAGGAAGAUGGGGUGAUGUCCCACGGCCCCAAGUGCACAGACUGUGUCCCGCAGGACCUGGAGCGGCAGCACGCCCAGAUCGGCAUCAUGGUGGAGUUCAGCCUCGCCCUGAUGAGCAAGCUGGACGGCAUCAACAGGCACUCCUUCAACUCCUUCCGCCUCCGUGUCGGCAUAAACCAUGGGCCCGUGAUUGCUGGGGUGAUCGGGGCGCGGAAACCUCAGUAUGACAUCUGGGGAAACACGGUCAAUGUUGCCAGCCGAAUGGAGAGCACUGGGGAACUUGGGAAAAUCCAGGUUACUGAGGAGACAUGCACCAUCCUGCAGGGACUGGGCUACUCCUGUGAGUGCCGCGGACUGAUUAACGUCAAAGGCAAGGGCGAACUGACGACUUACUUCGUCUGCACAGACACUGCCAAGUUCCAAGGGCUGGGGCUGAACUGAGAGCUUUCGGUGGGGUUCAGCAUCUGCUGGGAAGUGCUUUCCUUCCCUGAAGCAAGCCAAGGAGAAGCCAGCACCAUGCCAGGCACAUAGGCCUACCAAGGGUUCGGCCACUGACUGGGUCUCUCAGACGUGUGCACCAACCAGAUCCUGGCUCGAAGCAC